UUUUUUGUAAUGGUGAACUUCAAAGAUCAAGACAUGGGAGAAGGGAUGCAAUGCAUAACACAUCCUCACACAAAGAACCAUGGUGGGAUAUGUGCAUUGUGUCUCCAAGACAAACUCGGUAAGCUCGUCACUUCCUCUUUUCCUAUCUCUGAACCAAACCACCUCUCUUCUUCCACCUCUUCUUCAGCUAAUCUUACCUACAAGAGAAGCAAAUCUAUGGCUGCUUCUUACGGUGAGAGUUUCAGCCAGAGGAAACGAAGUGGUUUCUGGUCCUUUCUUCAUCUCUACUCUUCCAAACACCAAAUCGCCACCACCACCAAAAAGGUCGACAGCUUUAGCCAUUCUUCUAGACCAAGAAACCAGACAACAACAGAGACAACAUCGAAUCAGGUCGUUGGUGGAGGCAUUGAUGUGAUAGUUGAGGAAGAAGAUGAGAUCCCUAGUAACAAAGAAGUUCCAGAAACGCCAACAAGCAGUGUUGGUAGUGGAUCAUCUUUUGGGAGGAAAGUGUUGAGAUCAAGAUCUGUCGGGUAUGGAAGCAGAAGAUUCUCCGGUGGGUCUGGAGAUUGUGCCUUGAGAAGGAUUGAGUCACAGAGAGAACACACAAAGGUCAUUAGUAAUGGUGGGGGUGAAGCAGAUGAUGCUAUGAGUGAAAUGGUGAAAUGUGGUGGUAUCUUUGGUGGGUUUAUGAUUAUGACAUCAACAUCAUCAACUUCAACAUCAGCAUCAUCAACAGUUGAUCAUCAUCAUCAUAAGAUGGGGAAUAGAAGCGCGUGGGGAUGGGCAAGUCCAAUGAGAGCCAAGACUAGUCAUAAAGGUCGUACUAUUACAGAGGCUUCAACUGACAAGAAGAAAGCAUCUCCAAACUUGGACUCAGUUCCUGCCUUGGUUACUAUGAAAGCUAAAAGAGUUGCAUUAUAA